ACUAUCAAAUCAGAUUCAGACUCUGAUUGGUCAGUGAAAGAGAAUUCUGGGUUUUCCGUAGCAUAUAUCGGACAAAGCUCGCAUGCUCUACUUGCUUCUGUGAAAGACCAGAUACUGGUUCGAAAUACUGGCUGGACCAAGAUAUCAUCAUUGCAAGCAGAAAUCAACAACGGUGGAUCAUUCCAAACCAACAGCGGACAAUUUGUUAUUCCUGUCUCCGGUGUUUAUUAUGUGAUGGUAAAUAUCAUACUACAGGAUGCUGACCAGGUAGAAUCAAGCUCAAAAUAUAAAAUUGCGAUUCGUAUUAAUGGUAUCCCAGUCAGUGGAUUGUCUGCAAGCCGAGUUCCAAUGAUCACACCACCAAGGCGUCGAUACUACCCCUUGUUCUUGAGCGGCUCAUUCAAAGCUACAAAGGGUGACGUCAUCUCUCUAGCAACAUACUCAGCUGUAGACUCGUCAUAUGCGAUUCUUGUAUCGAGCAGCUGGUCCAUGUUCUUGGUCGCUGAAGAUGGUAACAGUGAUCAAGUUGGCUUUGCUGGACCAAAGAAGAGCACUCAAAAUAUGUUCUCAACUGAGGCUAGUUCCUGGUUCGAUGUCAACAACUGGCAACCUUCAUCGUCUAACCUUGGCUCAUUUUAUACACCAUCAAAAAUCAAUUUUGACGACAGUAACAUGGCGAUAAUAAAGACAACAGGGUUUUAUCUGAUAUCAGCAAAUGUUGAAAUCCAGCAUUCUUCAGAAGCACCACCGGUUAUGAAAAUUGCACUUUUCAUACAAAAUGAAUUGCAACAAAACGGUAUCACGUACGAGAAUAUUCGUGGAUGGAAUUCUUUUUCGAUGCAUUUCAAUGGAGUUGCUUUCCUAAUCGAAGGUGAUACUGUGUCUUUGAAGAUUACUAGCACGAGUAAUUUUGAUGGACUUGUCAUUAAUCAAGAAAGCGGAUUUUCAAUAACAAGACUACCGGUUGCAGAGCUCUUUCCAGCAGCAUCGCUCACUGCUUUGGCAAAGUUCAAAAUCCCAUUGGCAACAAGUCUUCCUAUUAAAGUAUGGACGGCAGAAAACAGUGAAGCCUCAUUUUCAUUUACAAGUGGCAAGAGGUACAACAAAACCUCAGGUAUAUUUCGGGUUAACACGGCAGGUUACUACCUCAUCUCUAUGAACCUCGUUCUACAGUCACAGUCACAUAACAAGACCAACAUCAGCCUCACAAUGAUGCAUGGCAGCGGAAGUGAUACGUUUGAGCUGACAAUGACGAAUGGAUCAGUAUCAAGUUUGUCAUCAACUAUUCUCAAGUUUCAAGAAGUCGGUAGCACCAUAUUCAUAGCAACGAACAUUUCCUUGCCAUUUGGGAACUUUGCCAGCUUCAACAAUUCUACCUCGUUUCCGUCAUCAGAUAUUGUCCUACAAGAAGGAAGCAGUUUUUCUGCCAUCCACUUUCCGCUGAAAACAACAGCAGCAACAACGUCUGAAGCUGUUUAUGCAAACAGCUACUCGUACAGCAAAGCAACAAUAACAGAGCUCUCUGACUGGACGGUUUCAUCGGAGGUUGAUAAAUCCCCUGCGAUUUAUAGAGCAGACAAAGAUGGUAUCUACUUUCUAAGUAUGAAUUUGAAGUUAAUUGAAUUCAUCGGCUGUGUGACAUUUUACUUCAAGUCAAACCGAGGCAACAUGGCAACAUCAACAGUCACUUGUAAAAAGCAUUGCCGGGAGUACAUUACACUGAACAAUUUUGUUCGCCUGCGCAAUGGCGACAGACUAUCGGUCUUCAUGCACCUGGAGCCUAACUCUUAUUUGACAAUUGCUAAAGAUAGUCGUAGAACAAUAACAUACAUGCGACCUUAUGAGGAAGAAACGGGCCUAAGUGUACGGAUAAUUAACACAUCAUUGGCACCUGCAACUAUGGGCCAUUGGGUACCAUUAUACGAGUAUUCACUUGGAAAUGACACUCAUGGAGUGUUUGAUGCCCGGGGAAAUUAUUCGUCUUUUGAAGGCAUGAUAAUACCAUCCACUGGUGCAUACCAAGUUAUCGUCAACCUCGUGAUGCUUUUCGCGAAUAGUAGCAGCGGAAUGGGGACAGUUGAGAUCGUCGUAUCAAAGGAUGGUGCAAUUUCUACAACUGGUGGAUUGUAUAUGAAAAAGAAGUUUCAAGUAGGGCAAAACUUCACAAUGCAUGUAAUGUCAAGCGUUGUUCUGCCAAAAUGGACGAAACUUAAACUCUUUAUUCGAUCCGAUGCCGAUGUUUAUAUUCAAGAAGGCAGCACUGUGGCACUUGCAUAUCUAGAUUCGAUAAUACGCGAAAUAUGCAGAGACGAGGGACCAGUUAUGGGAGACCCUUUGAGACCAGCGUAUAUCGCUUCAGCAAUUGUUGGAGAGAAACGCGAAUGGCGAUGUCAAGCCUUUGGAAACAAACCCGCAAAGCAUCUUUGGUACAAAAAUAAUCAGAUUAUCAGCAAGAAAGAAUACUUACAAAUAGAUGGGAACUUAAACGACACAGGAAGAUACCACUGUGUUGCCAGCAUAGAUGGAAUAAUGGCAGAAUCAAAUCAAGUUCAGGUGCAGAUUUAUGAUGUUGACGAGUGUCAUUACAAGAACCAUACAUGCGAUUUGAAUGCUACAUGUGCGAAUACACUUGGUUCAUUUACAUGCACGUGCAAUGCUGGAUUUGUAGGAAAUGGAUUCAAGUGUAAUGAUACCAACGAGUGUUCCCUUGGCACACAUAAUUGUGCUAACCACUCUAUGUGCAUCAACACACAAGGGGCAUUCAACUGUCGCUGCUUGGAUGGUUUCUUUGGAGAUGGAGUAAAGUUCUGCAAUGAUAUUGACGAAUGCCUAUUGAGCUUGGACAAGUGCGAUAGACACGCAACAUGCAACAAUCUUGUUGGAACUUAUAAUUGUACUUGCAACAAAGGGUGGUUUGGAUCUGGUUUUACCUGUUUAGAUGCAAACGAAUGCGCUUUGUUGACACACAAUUGUGACAAGAAUGCCUACUGUAACAAUACAAAUGGAACUGCAAAGUGCACCUGCAAAGAGGGCUUUGUUGGAAAUGGAGUCGCGGGCAACUGCUCUGACAUAAACGAAUGUCUUCUGCUGCCAACUGCAACUCCAGCUACAUUAAAAAAUGCGUCAUCACCAAACAAGCUGUACUGUGACGCAUUUGCUGACUGUGUCAAUUUGCAAGGGAGCUACACCUGUCGCUGCAAAGCUGGCUUUAUUGGAAAUGGAACGAGCUGUCAAGAUAUUAACGAAUGUGAGCUUGGAAGUCAGUCAAUUAAAUGCGCACAAGUGGCUGACUGCAUAAAUCUGCCUGGCUCUUAUCAGUGCAAAUGCCGAGCUGGAUAUACCGGAGAUGGCAUCCAGUGUGCAGACCUUGAUGAAUGUGCCAUCAAAACCUUUGUAUGCGAUCCUCUGGCAAACUGUUCGAAUACAUACGGCUCGUACCAAUGCAGUUGUCCCAAAGGGUAUAUUGGUGACGGAAAGACCUGUGCAGACAACGCUGAAAUUGGUAAAUCAACUGACCCGUGUGUAAAAGAUUCCACGUCUUUGACAUGCAUUUGCAAAAAUUCAAAGACACGUGAUCAGAACAUACUUUGCAAUGGACUCUUCGUGGCGAUCAUUAUCCUGUCAGUUGUGGCAAUAAUUGUUAUUUUGUUUGUUAUUAAGUAUAUAAAAUCAAGAAGGAAUAUCAAGAUUGGACCAGUAAAAACUGCAAGAGGAAAGUACAUAGAAAUGGAAGACGAGUCUGAAGUAUGAAUAUAUUUUCACUCUGAUUCAUUGAAUCCGAGUCAGAGUUUAUCUUUAUGGCAGCAACUAUAUGUGGAUCGAGAACGUUUUGGACACUUGACAUCAACUAUUUUCAAAUAUUUUGACAUCAACAGUGAAUUUUUAAAAUGAUAUGAUACGAACUUAACCUGUAAUUAUGUAUAAAACUUUAAAAGUAGUAGCAUUGAUCUCUUCCCAAAUGAUAUUUCUAGCUAAACUUGAAACAGAGAUGUGGAAACUGUAAGCAAACAGAGCGAUUUCUUUCAUAAAGAAGGUUUUAUCUAGGUUUCGUUUGAGGCAGCCAUUAAAGAGGGAAGGAAAAGCAAUCCAAGACUCAGGUUUAUUUAAGAGAAUAGAUAGAAUUCUCGAAAUGUUGACGCCAUAAGAAUAUAUAAUUCAGAAAUUUUGGACUUAAAGUACAAAUCAAUUAAAUAUGAUACUAAUCGGUUAAGAUACUUCUUAAUAUCACACUUCCCUUACCAAUGUUGAUAGCUGUUAAUAAUUUUCUUUAUGAAUGCAUCUCUGGUUCAGCGUCUAUACCUCGGCUAAUAUUUUGUAGAUUAAACAAAAUUCUCAAAUGUAGGCCUGUUUUUCAAUUCUUUCCGAUCUAAGGUCCAACUUCUAAGGGCCUGUUUACAAGUGACCGGAUCCAAACAGCAUCGGAUCCAAACAGCAUCGGAUCUCAUUUUUCAGAGUGCGUUUACACGGGAUCGGAUCCGUAUGGAUCCAAGUUGAGCGGGUUUGUGUGCGCAAUCAAUUACGAAAUUUUGGCGCCAAUUACAAGGAUACCAUAUAGGAUGCACCUCGUAAUGUACAAUUUUCGCCUCAUUUUGGAUCCGUACAUGUUUAGAUCCGAUCCCAUAUCGUUUACACGAGACCUUUUUGGGAUCGGAUCCAAACGGGACCACCUUCAAAAGCGAUCCCAAACGGGUACGGAUAGCAGAUCCAAAUUGGAUCGGAUCCGCCAGGUCCCGUGUAAACCCAAAGC